AAUGUCAAAAUCACAAACUGUCAACUUGACAAAAGAUAAUAUUUUGGCUGUAAUACUUAAAAAUUACUUUCACCACAAAAGUUAAAUAAUAAAAAAAGGAUUUCGGACUUAAAAUUUGUACAAAACAGUGAAAUCGUUAAAUAAAAAUUGUCUCAGUGAGUUGUGCACCAGAGGAGAACCGUAUCUAAUCUGAUCAUAGUUUCAGUGGCCGGAUCCGUUGUUGGCGGGUCUUGGUGGAACCAACACCGUAGUUUAAAGCAAACACUGACAUGCAACCGACGUGCGGAGGCAUGGACGAGCUACCUGACGUUACUGAUGUCCUGAAGGAAGCCGAGCAGGUAAUUAGGCAAUGCUUCCAAACGUACGCAUUGGACGAGGUAUUCUUAUGUUUCAACGGCGGAAAAGACUGCACAGUAUUAUUAGACAUCACAAUAAACGUACUUAAAGAUAUUUACAAGAGCUGCGACAUAGGGAAGAACCUUAAAGUCGUCUACAUAAGGACAAAGGGACCGUUUGUCGAAAUCGAGAAAUUCGUUCAAGAGAUUAAAAUGUAUUAUGGUCUGACGUUAAAAGUAACCGAAGGCGAAAUGAAGGAGACGUUACAGAGGCUAUUAGAGAAGGACGGAAUAUUGAAGGCCGGCUUGAUGGGAACGAGACGGAGCGAUCCUUACAGCGAGAAUUUGCAAUUUGUUCAGAAAACGGAUGCGAAUUGGCCUCAGAUAAUGAGAAUAUCUCCGCUAUUGAACUGGUUUUAUCACCACAUAUGGAGCUACAUAUUGCAACGACAAGUGCCGUACUGCAGUCUCUACGAUAAAGGGUACACGUCGAUAGGAAGCACAACGAACACGUGGCCGAAUCCAGCCUUAGCCCACAAGGACUGCUUCGGUUGCGUCACCUACCACCCCGCCUGGAGAUUAUCCGACGCGUCCUUAGAGAGAGCCGGUCGAGGAAGUUCAGUGAAGGCACCCGUCAAUGGAAACGGUACAUAUCACAAUCAUAGUUUGACGUCAACCAUCAAUCCUUGUAUACGCAACGGUGAUGUUCUUUGAAUUUCGAAUUUUAUUAUUUUACGGGUAGUUCGAAAAUAGUUUUAGGUUUUAUGCAGCUGUCUCUGGAAUGCUAGGGUAAAUAUAAUAUAUAGUAUGGUAUCGAUAAUUUUGUUCCUGCUAAUCUAAUUUAUUUAUACAGGUAACUUUCCUAUUACACGGUAUUUUACAACACGGUUCCACUAUAACACGAAAAGAAAAAUUCUCCAAAACAAUCUUAUAACACAAUACUUCUACAACUCGAUAACGAAAAUUUUGUUUAAAAUUAUGUAUAUAGACAAUUAAAUUAUACACUAGGAACACACAAUAUAUAUAAUAACUGAAAUUUUGCUGCUUAUUUUUUAUGUGUAAUAGGUAAAAAAAUACGUACAGGCAUAGUUGAGAUGUUUCGUUCAGAAAAAUUACUCGUCUUUUUGUACUGGCUUCUGGUCUCAUAUAACGCGGUUUCACACAACGCGGGGCUUUGUAGGGACGUAUCUACCGUGUUAUAAGAAGGUUACCUGUAUUGUCGAUACCCUAAUUAAAGUUUGAGAUGUUCAAUUUUUUUUUUUUUUUUUUUUUUAUUGCCCUUGUAGGCAGACGAGCAUACGGCCCACCUGAUGGUGAGUGGUUACCGUUGCCCAUGGACUUCAGCAAUGCCAGGGGCAGAGCCAAGCCGCUGCCUACAACCAGACCAGACCAUGUUAUUUGAGGCAGUCGUUUUUAUUUUUAUUUAUUUAUUUACUUACGGGUUUUAUUCUAUUAGAGGAUAGGGUUAUUACUACAUCGUCGAGAUCAUUCGUUAAAAAAAUUCGAUACAAUUGCAAAUUUAAAAAAACGCAAUGUAUAAUAAAACACAAAACAAUAUUGUUUUCUACAUAAGGCCACUCAGGUUGGUCAAACAAUUAUAUAGAUAAACUAUAUAAAUUGAGAAACUAAUAAAAAAUCUAGACAUCACAUCAAUUACCUCAUACAAUCUCUACAUUUUUAUUAUAAUGAAACUAAAUUAUUCCAUUCGUUUCAAUUUCAACUUUCUAAUUGAAAAUAAGUGGAUAUUAAAAAAAUAUUAUUGUUCUCAUGACAUUUUUAUACGAAUCUAAUUAAUAAGUACUUAAUGCAAUAGAUUUGUACUUACAUCGCAAUAUAUGAAUGUACAACUUCAAUAUUGUUUAAAAAAAUUACUUACAUAUAAAGUUAAAUACAUUCAUUUUAGAAAUUACAAAAACAAUAUAAAACCAAAGUAAGAAUAAAUUCUUAAAACUUUAUUCUUCAUUUUUAUAAUCCUUGUCAGGACGUUAGGGCAAUAUUAUAAAAUUACAGUUGUAUUGGCAUCGGCCUUGAUAAGUGUGUAGGUUUUUUAACCAAACGUCUUAAAAUUACUUAUAAAAAAGUUACUUAAAAUGAUUUUGAUUGAUUCCAUUUCACAUAUAGAUAUAGUUCAAGUUAAUAAAAGCUUAUUAAAAACGCUUUGCAACGAAUAGCUAAAGGAUUUUUUUACGAAAUGACUUUUGCAUACUUUUUAAGACCAUCUAAUCCAAUCAAUCAAUCUAAAUCAAUAAAAUCCAUUCUAAGAACAUUCUGCCAUCGGUACAGUUAAAGAGUAGGAUAACAGUUUGUUGUACAAAUGACACUGACCAUAUCUAUGUCAAAGAGGGAGAGGUAAAUCAGGUUAUAAUGGCUAUGGGUUCCAGUAUCCACAUAACAACAGAAAUAUCGUUUUAAGUGUCAUCAAAAUUGGGGUUCCUUUUUAAAAAAAGAUACCCGUGUGUAAUGUGCUCAUUCUUUGGUUUAAUUUGUUAUUUCGGAUACUCUUAAUGGGAGUUUUAUUAUUGUCAAAUUAAAAUCUAUUGUUAAAUUCCGAUUACACGCCCAAACUGAUUCAAUAUUUAAUAAUUUAUAGUUUUUUUAAAUAUCGUUAAUUGAACAAUGUCGGACAAGCCUCUUACAAAGAAAUGGCAUCAAUAAAACGUAUUGUGUGAUUUUAUCUUGAAGCUUUACUUUAAAUUUUUAGAUAAAUUAUUAAAAAUAAAAUAUUAAUUUCGAAACAAUCAAAAAUUAAAUUAUUCAAAUCAUCAUGGAUAUUGUCUGCUCAACAUCGAAACAUUAGUUUGUAUUUAUUUAACUUUAGAAAUCUCUACUAGAUUAGUUUAGAAAUAUCUUACAAGAAUCACUUUAAGUCGCGUUAUAAUAUUGUUAUUAUUUAAUGUAUGUACGUAAAUGUCAAUAAAGUGUAAUCGCAUUAAAAUAUUAUGAUUUAUAGUAAAUUUACAAGAACAAACAUCUUAACAACAAUACAUUUUAAAAUUACGGAAAAAAAUAUUUUGUUACGGAAGUGACUUUGUUAUUGUCUUGACAAUAACGUACUAAGUACGAAUUGAAAUUAGUUUAUAAAGAUAUUAUUUUAACGACGCAUUCGUUGGUUUUGAACGACGUGCGAUAAAGAAAUUAAUUUGGUUGUCAAUUUUCCUAAUGUCAUGGAAAAUAAAUUACAGAAUAAAUAAAACAUCCAUCCGUGUGAAAAUAUAUCUUGUUUUAUUUUAAUGUUCGUAAACCUAAUAUUUCCAUUUUUAUUUUAUGUUUAAAGAAUAGCGAUAAAGAAAUUAAUUUAGUUGUCAAUUUUCCUAAUGUCAUGGAAAAUAAAUUACAGAAUAAAUAAAACAUCCAUCCGUGUGAAAAUA